AUGGCUUCUUCUCGCAAACCAUUCCGCUCCUCCCUCCUGUUCUUCCUGCUGAUCAUUGUCCUCGCCUGCCCGUAUGGCCUUUGCGCUAGAAACAUGCCCGGGAACAAGUUAGACGUGAAGCCUGAGACUGGAAACAUGGCGCGACAGCGAUUCGACUUCUCAAAGUUCACCCAUGCGGGUCUCGGCAGCCAGAUCAGCGGCAUGUCGGAACUCAAGAGGUACUUGCACCGGUUCGGCUAUUUGGCGCCACAGCCUACAGGUUCGAACUUUAAUGAUGACUUCGAUGCCGGGCUCAAGUCUGCUAUUGUCAAAUACCAGAAGAGACUAGGGCUACAGGCCACUGGACGAGUUGAUCCAGACACGGUUGCCUCAUUCAUGUCCCCGAGAUGCGGUGUGAGAGACAUGCACCACCACGAGGCCUCUUCCCCAAAAACAAGGUUGUUCCAUGUGACCAAACACUAUAAGAUCACAGAUGGCAGGCCAAUAUGGGAUCUGUCGAAGCCAAUGACCCUUAAGUACGCAUUCUACCCGGAUGCCAUGAUCGACUCCCUCAGCCGGGAGGAGAUACGGGCAGCUUUCGCUCAAGCUUUCGCCAAGUGGGCCGAGGUGAUCCCGGUCAAGUUUGAAGAGACGUCUGAUCAUCUUUUUGCGCAAGUCAGAAUCGGGUUCUACAAGGGGGACCACGGGGACGAAGAUCCCUUCGAUGGGCCUUGGCGAAUGCUAGUGCACGCCUUCCCGUAUCCUAGCGGGGAGCUUCACCUCGAUGCGGAGGAGAACUGGGCAGUCAACUUCAAGACCAACCGAGCACCCCUGAAGGCUUUUGACUUGGAGUCUGUGGCCAUCCACGAGAUCGGGCAUGUGCUGGGCCUCGGCCACUCCUCGCUCAAGGAAUCUAUCAUGUAUCCAAUUACACCCGCUGCGACAAAGAAGGUCGACCUUUCAAUUGACGAUGUGGAGGGUAUUCAGUCACUGUACGGGCCGAACCCGGAUUUCAAGUUGAGCUCUUUGGCGCAUGCACCUCGACUGACGCUGCGGCUGGUGGUCUACCGAGCCGGCUCUGGAGGGCUCCAUAGUUCGAUGCUGCUACUAACGCUGUUCCCCCUGCACCAGCAGGCGGAAGACCGUGCCAGCUUUUUAGCAUUAUCCCUGGCUCUUGACAGCAACUGGUCGAAAAUCUGGAUUUUUUCCGAUGUUCUUCUUCUUGAAUGGCUCGUUAUACAUGGUGUGGCCCGAGCAUAUAACACUUGGGUCCAUGAUCUGAGCCAGCAUGGUCUUCGGUCAAAUUGUGAGGGCCAGGGCUAUCCCUGUAUUGACGUCUCUAGUUAA